AAGCAAGAAAACCCCAGGUGCACUUUUUGCUUAUUCUACCACAUUGUGCGACAUGCCAAAAAAUCAUCCCACAGUGCGUCGUGUUAAGCGUGUGGAUUUUCACCUAGUGCGGCCCUUUCCUGCGUGAUAUUUUGAGCUUGCAGUCUUUGAGCGACGACGAAAAUCAUCUCGGAACCCAAGUUGAGCACCAAGAAAGGAGUAACGUAUCGAGACAUUUUACUUGUUUGCGGCAAUCGAUUCGUAAUUUUCAGAAAUGUACAAUACAAAUAAAAAUCCUUCCUUGGUUGACAGGCAGCAAGAUUUGCUGCGCCAUCUGUCGGAGAGGGGAAGAGUUAAGGCGACGUCCGACGAGUUUUCUGUAAUUUCCACGAACCAUGGCAGGGUCGAUUUCGUUUUGGGGCUACUGGACGAGUUUGAAUUGUAUCCAGAUGGUACAAACUCUGGAAAAAGUAACGCUGAAUCGGAAAAGUAUCGCCUUAAAGGCAACGAAAUGUUCAAAUUAAAAUGCAAUGACAAAUCCAUAGAGUAUUACACCCAAAGUAUAGCACAUGCUGAAAAUAAUACUGAAUCAUUGGCUAUAGCUUACGCCAAUAGAUCUGCAGUUUUAUUCCAGAUAAAAUUGUACAAAGAGUGUCUAGAUGACAUAUCUAGAGCUCUGGGUAACCCAUACCCAGCCCACUUAAUGGAAAAACUUCAAUCAAGGCAAGAAAAAGCUUUAAACUUGGUGUCAACGCAGAAAAAUCUGGAAUACCAUAUCAAUAUUCCAACUAUAGAGAAUGAUAAUAAAAACCCUUUGAUUGAAUGUUCUUCAGAUGCUAUAGAAAUAAAAUAUUCUCCAAAUUUGGGUAGACAUAUCGUCGCAAAAAGAGAUAUUAGCCCGGGAGAGAUUUUGGCUAUUGAAAAACCAUACUGUAAAAUCCUUGUGGAUUGUUUUUUUAACCAUUGUCACAACUGUCUUAAAUUGUGUUACAAUCUCAAACCUUGCCCUAAAUGUUGUACCUUUUUAUAUUGCUCUGAUGAAUGUGAAAUUUCAUCCAAAAACUAUCAUGAUAUUGAAUGUUGUGUAUCCAAAACCCUGCAAGACCUAAAACUGGAUAAACUGAAGCUGAUAGCUCUCAGAACAGCUAUUAUAUCCAAAAAACAUUACAAUAAAAUCUGGAAUAUAACCACUGAUGAAAAAGAUGUUUAUACUUCAGGAAAUUUCAAGGAAAUUCAUGCUCUAAUAGCAAAUACUGAGAAAAGAAGCACACCAGAUUUGUUUGAGAGAUCAUUCACUUCAUCUAUUUUAUUCUACAUCAUCAGGAAGUGGACAAAUUUCUUUGAUGGUGCUGAUGAGGCAUCUGAAGCUGCCUUCAAAGAAAUAUUGCUGAUAAAUCUUCAAACGGGACCGUGUAAUUUUCACGAAAUAUCAGAGAUAACUCAAAAUGAAGAUGGUGUUUAUGCACCCGUUGAAAUUGGUAGCGGGUCUUAUUCUUUUUUGAGUAUGUUGAACCAUUCUUGCACGCCAAAUGUUUUAAGGAACUGCUAUGGCAGUGCGAUUGUUUUGAGGUGUUUGGAGACGAUUAGGGAAGGGGAGCAAUGUUUCGAUAAUUACGGGUAUCACUAUGCCAUCAUGGUGAAAUCGGAUCGCCAAAAGCACCUGAGCAAACAGUACUUUUUUGACUGCCUUUGCUUAGCCUGUGAGGAAGAUUGGCCUCUAUACGAAGAUCUUUCGUUGGUCAAAGAAGGUUUAUACAUCCCAUCCGCGGAUCUGGAAGAUUUGCAGCUUGGUAACCGCCGAACUGCCAAGAAGAUUCUCAAAGAACAUCUGGGAAAACUCCAGGAAGUAGAAAAGUUCAAACCCAGCAAAAAUUUGGCUGAACUUCAGGAAGUUAUAAAGCAGUGUUAUGCUUUGAAUGCAAAUAUGAGGAGCAUUGUUUGAAGAAUAAAGUUUGACGUUUA